GGGGCGGGACGCGCUCCCCUCAGCCACCGGCGCCCCGGGGCGUGGGCAGCAGGGAGAGCCGCCCCUCCGCUCCUCCCAGAGCCCGCUCGGUAAGGAGGCAGCCCCGGUACCAGCGGAGCCACAGCCGCUCCAGGGCCCCGUGGAGAAGCCUCACAACCGCCGAGGGCUGGGACGGGCCCGGCCUCUCUCUCCGGGCCGGCCCGGGCGGCAGCGCCGCCCCCGUCACGUGAGGAGCGGCCAUGGCGGGGCCCUGGGGCCGGGUGGGAGGAGCGCCUCGUUAAACUCUGCUUAGGCGGCUGUGGGUUAAGGAUGGGUUUUUAAAUUUCCUUUCGGCGCUUAAAUUCCCCUUCGAGAAAAAACAAGCGGGCUGUGGCCGGAGCAGCAGAGCUCUGCCCGUCGGAGGCUGUGGGCAGGCGGGACCGGCCGCUUCUCCCGAGGAACCGGCGGCGGGAGGAGAGGACACAGUCCAGCACCCGAAGAUGGAAUUUCUCAUUAAACACACCUGGGAUGGUUUGCCUGUGAGCCACGAGCCGGUUUCAAUUGGGCUGAGGGCGGAUAAUGCAGGAUUGCUGAUGGAAAUUCGCGCUCCUUUCUUUAAUGAUCCUCCAGCACCUCCCGGAGAGCCAGGGAAACCUUUUGGUGGACUCUGGGACUAUGAGGUUGUAGAAGCGUUCUUUCUGAGUGACAGAACUGAGCAGUAUUUGGAAGUUGAGCUUUGUCCCCAUGGGCAGUACUUACUGCUGCUGCUUUCUGGCAGAAGAAAAGCAUGGAAAGAAGAACUUCCUUUGGAGUUUGAGGUGACCAGAAUGAAAUGGAAAUGGGAGGGUAAAGCUCUUCUUCCUUGGAGUUAUUUUCCACCAUGCACUGACAAGUUCAAUGCAUUUGCAAUUCAUGGCUCGGGAGAAGAGAGAAAAUAUGAAGCACUUUAUCCUGUGCCUCCACGCCAAGUGCAGGAAGGACAGGAACCAGAUUUUCAUCGUUUGGAGUUUUUCAAAGACUUGAACCUGAAAGAACUAACAGGAGAAGACUGGAAGCAGCCUGAAUCAGAUAUAUGGAAAUCUCUCACUAAAUGAAUGGAUUGGCGCAUAAAUUUUUGUAAUGUUGAAGUUGGCUGGAGCUGUGUGAAAACAACUUCCUCAUUCUGAGCAGAGGUUGUAGGUACCAGAUUAGCAAGGCUUUCCUUGGCACCAAAAUCAUGGAUCAGUCUGAAAAUCAACUGCAAAGCAUGUGGAUCUGUUGAUUCUAAAUGUAUGAAUGGCUUGGAGUUUUUAAUCUGUGCAAGAGAUGAACCUGCUGCUACCAGUGCAGGAAGAAAAAUGUGCUGAAAUUGCAGCUGUACUGAAGUCUGAUAAGGCCAAUACCUGGACUGAAUUUUUUUUUGUUUACUAUAGUUGCUGCAUUUCUGCUGUAUUUUCACUGCUGCUUGUUAGUUUGUUGACUGCUGCAGGAGAUCCUGAUGUGCCUAGAUGUUUUUUGCUUAUAAUCAGGAUGAAGACUGUAGCUAUCAUGGAUUUUUGAGGCUCAGUACUUGCCCUGCCUUUCCUGUAUGUUCCUGUGCCUGAAGUUUUCCCUUGCUUAAUGCCAAAGGGGGAACUUAUUUUGUCCCGCAGAUCUCUCUGUGGAGUGCCUGAUGGUGUUUAGGUGCAGAUGAUAGAUUUACAAAAUGUUUUCUGUAUUUCAGGUGAAUUUUCUGGGACAAAUCAUGCUUAGUAAAAUAUUUUGGUAGAGUUGUGUGCAUGCAAAAGCUGUUUUUUUUUCCUAAGACUUGUCACAUCACUUUAAGAAUUCAUCUCAGAUGUCUAAGGAUUUUUUUUGCAUGCCACUGAGAGCUGGAGAUACUCUAGGUGUAUAUUUUCUGUGUAUGGGCAUGAGUGAUUUUAACAAUAGUGAAUGUUCCUAGGUGGCAGUAGCUAAUCUGUAAACCCUCACAAGAUUUACCAAUCAUAUGUUCCUUUUUUUUUGUCUAGCAUAGCAAUUGCUGCUUGAUUGUGGCUGCUGAUUUAAUCUUCUAUAAAUUUGCUUUAAAAAUGUGAAGCUUGCCCACUACUUAGAUCUUUGCCACUAUGCAGUAAUAAAUACAUUUUGAUGGUCCGAUUUUCUUUGCUGCCUUUCAGCUGCACCCUAGCUGUAAGUUCUGCCUGAGAAGAAGGUGGGAACAUCUCACCUUUGUGAAGAACAUCUCAGUGUGGUUAAUAUCUGAGAUAAACUGUGAACUAACAUGCUUUGUUUAGCUUUAGAUUCCCUCUUUGUACUUUCAGUUUUAUAGAACUGUGCUUUCAAAUUUGAAGAUAUUAGUUUUGGGUUUUUUUUUCCUGUGGCAGACUUUGGCAUGUCAGUGCACUCAGCCAUCCAAUUUGCUCUGUUUCAAUUAGACAGUAUAGGUUCCUUGCUGUAAAGUGCCAUCUGUUGAAAAUUUUAAGUAUUGUACAAUCAGUUGUUUGGCUUCUUUUCUACCCUCUAUCCAUGUACAGUUUUCUAAAGAAUGACAUCAGUCUGAAAUAUGGAAUAAUUCAAUAGAUAUUGAUUAAAGUGUCAUCUAGACAUUGAUGCCUCAAAGCUGCUUUAACAAAUUUAGUCAAAACCAAAAUGGCAUUUGGCAAAACUUUUAGACUUUGUCAAAAAACUGUGUGCAAAGAUUCAAAAUGGGUGUACUGCUUCUCUCACAGAGGUUUUUUUCAUCUGAGAAAUGAUACUUUGUAUGUGAAGGAUAGUAAAUAAAAUUUUGUAUUUA